CUUGGCACAUAGGAUGGAGGUCUUGGCUAUAGGGUGCCGUCUACAUGUAUUUGUUGAAUCAACACAACAGAACUCAGGAAGGGUGCUAAUAAUUAUACUAGAUGUCUAGGAGUUGCCAAAACUGUCCCGUCAAGGGUUGAAGUUUUCGUGUUCUAAAAGGGAGUCUUAAUUGUUGAUCUUUAGAGACAAAGGUGUUGAGCCGCAAAUGCGGGGACGCGUCGCUCAUCCGGGUGUUUGGUAAGGACUUAGUGCCAUGUUGCCCACUCUCUCUCGCUCAUCGUAAUCCUAGGGUACUCCACCAAACCAUAAUCACUCCCGAGUUUUUGACUUCGCGGGCCCUGCGUUCAAAGCGCAGCUACGCUCUGGACCGGCUCUCUCCCACUCCCCCGGCGAAAUAGCCCCACCCACCUCGCGCCCACUAGGGGCGGAACCUGAUGCGUCGCGGUGUCGUCACUUCCAGCGGACCCGGAAGCGUCGUUCUCGGGCAGCUCUACUUAGGAAGUCUUGAUGGGGUUACGUUCGGUUUAAACUCUUGGCCGAUCGUAGGCUGAGGGCCGUCUGGGACUGCUGUGACCCGGGCAAGCAAGGAGCUCGGAGCAGCCUCUGAGACAGUACAGGCGAGCCCUCGCCGUGUGCUGCUCUCGUCCCGGCGUCGCCCCGCCUCUAAGGUAGGACCCGCCCCCGCCCUCGGUGCCUGGGACCUGGCGGGCGCUUCUGCUAGGCUGCACGGUACCCGGCAUCCGGUCUCGGACAGCUAGGAGGAGCGGGCGUGCGGCUGUGGGGACAAGUCUCUUUUUGUAGUUUACUGUCCCCGCCAGGGUCUUCGCGACCCUCUUCUGAGCUGCCAGAACGCUGACGUCGAGUAACCCGUUCUGAACAUGGAGAAGUUUGGGAUGAAUUUCGGGGGCGGACCGAGCAAGAAGGACCUGUUGGAAACCAUUGAGACGCAGAAGAAGCAGCUUCUCCAGUACCAGGCACGUCUCAAGGAUGUGGUCCGUGCCUAUAAAAGCUUACUGAAAGAGAAGGAGGCUCUAGAGGCCAGCAUUAAGGUGCUGUCGGUAUCCCAUGAGGCAGAUGUGGGCCUCACAGGUGUCCAGCCUCCAGGCCUCACUUUUCCUGACUCUGUAGAUGACCGAUGCUCCACUCACAGCGAGGAUAGCACUGGGACCGCCACCAGCUUGGAUACUGCGGCCAGUCUCACCAGCACCAAGGGUGAGUUUGGGGUAGAGGAUGACAGACUGGCUCGUGGACCACCACCUCCAAAGUCUGAAGAGGCCAGCGGGUCGGAGAGUGGCGUCAGCAGUAGCAGUGGGGAUGGACCGUCUGGGGGUGGGGAAGUGGACAAACGACUGCACCAGCUGAAGACUCAGUUGGCUACUUUGACCAGCUCUUUGGCUACAGUCACCCAGGAGAAGUCUCGCAUGGAAGCGUCUUACCUGGCAGACAAGAAGAAGAUGAAACAGGACUUAGAGGAUGCCAGUAAAAAGGCAGAGGAGGAGAGGGGCCGUCUGGAGGGAGAAUUGAAGGGGCUGCAGGACCAGAUCGCAGAAACCAAAGCCCGGCUUAUCACCCAGCAGCAUGAUCGGGCCCAAGAGCAGAGUGAUCAUGCCUUGAUGCUUCGUGAGCUCCAGAAACUGCUGCAGGAGGAGAGGACCCAGCGCCAGGACUUGGAGCUUCGGCUAGAAGAGACCCGAGAAGCCCUGGCGGGGCGGGCAUAUGCAGCUGGUCAGAUGGAAGGGUUCGAACUGCAGACCAAGCAGCUGACCCGUGAGGUGGAGGACUUGAAAGGUGAGCUGCAGGCUCUUCGAGAUGAGAAGAAUCGGCCUGACCCUCGGCUGCAGGAGCUUCAGGAAGAGGCCGCCUUCCUGAAGAGCCAUUUCCAGGCUCAGUUGCAGCAGGAAAUGAGGAAGACAGCCCUUGCAGAAGAUCAACUACGCCAGCAAUCUCAGGUGGAAGAACAGAGGGUGGCGGCCCUGGAGAAUCAAAUAUCCGAGGUGUCGGAACUGCUGGGCACCUAUGAGAAAGCCAAGCAGAAGGACCAGCUGGCCAUCCAGAAGCUAAAGGAGCGCAUUCUGCAGCUGGACCUGGAGAACAAGACCCUGGCUCUGGCAGCCUCCAGCCGGUCCCCUCUCGACGGCCAUGGAGAGGAGUCCAGUCUGGAUGUCAAUGUCCUGAAGGAUAAGAUGGAGAAGCUGAAGAGGCUGCUGCAGGUUGCAGCCAGGAAAAGCCAGGUGACCCUGGAUGUGGAGAAGCUCUGUGACCUGGAGAUAAUGCCCAGCUCAGAGGCUGCCGACGGGGAGAAGGCCUCUGUGCUCUACUACCAACAGGAGCUGAAACAGCUGAAGGAGGAGUUCGAGAGGUACAAGAUGAGGGCCCAGGUCGUCCUCAAGAGCAAGAACACCAAAGACGGUAAUCUGGCCAAGGAGCUGGAGGAAGCCCAGGAACAGCUUGCGGAACUGAAGGAGAAGUAUAUCUCCCUGCGGCUGUCCUGCGAGGAGCUCGAGCGCCAGCACCAGCAGGAGGCUGAGGACUGGAAGCAGGAGCUGGCCCGGCUGCAGCACCUCCACCGGCAGGAGCUGGAGCGCAGCCAGCUGGACUUCCGGGACCGCACGCUGAAGCUGGAGGAGGAGCUGCACAAGCAGCGGGACCGGGCCCUGGCCGUGCUGGCCGAGAAGGACUUGGAGCUGGAGCAGCUGCGCUCUGUGGCCUUGUCCUGCGGGCUACCAGGGCGCAGGAGCCCUGUGGGUGGCGGGGGGCCCGGGGACCCGGCUGACGCGUCUUCCCCAGACAGCCUGACCCAGGCGCUGCAGCUGGCUGCGGCCAAUGAGCCCACUUUCUUCCUGUAUGCCGAGCAGUUGGCCCGCAAGGAGGUGGAGAUCACAUCGCUGAGGAAGCAGAGACACAGGCUGGAGGUCGAGGUGCAUCAGCUGCAGGACCGGCUGCUGGAGGAGGGGGAGCGCCAUCGCGAGGAGGUUGGAGCAUUGCAGAGCCACAUCGAGAAGAAUAUCAGGGACCAGAGUAGGGAGGGAGCCAACCUGGAGUACCUCAAAAACAUCAUCUACCGCUUCCUGACCUUGCCUGACACCCUGGGCCGCCAGCAGACGCUCACGGCCAUCCUGACUAUCUUGCAUUUCAGUCCAGAGGAGAAACAAGUGAUAAUGCGUCUCCCAACCAGUGGUAGCUGGUGGCCUUCUGGCAAGAGAUGAUGCCAUUUUCACUGACUCCUGAAAUUUCUGUGCCUCUUACGUGGGAAGGGACAGACUGGUUUCUACUGCCUCUUCUCUUACAUUAUCAUUUUUUUCUUCACUGUGUAUUGAAAUGGGAGAGUCUUAAUUGUGGGAUGGGAUUUUUCUGCCAAAUGCCAUUAAUGCCACAUUAUCCUGGGGCCCUAGAGAUACUGGAAGAGUCCCAACAUCUUGGGGUGGUGUGUUUGUGAGGGGAAGAGGGGGCGAGAGAUGAAGGUUGAGAAGUGCCAAAGUUGGGGAAGUGGUGAGAAUCUUUUAAAAUAAGACUUUUUGUUUGAGUACUAUGCUCCUAGCGCAGAACCAGGAGUAAAUGUGACUCCAAAGGGAGUUCAGUUAUUUCUAAACACUCUCGGGACCAGCGGUUUACUCCCCAUCUCAUCACAAUCUGAGUCUGGUCCACCGCUGCCCCAAUUUUCUGGGGAUGUAAAUCCAGGCUGGAGAGGGAUCAAGAAGUUUCAGAUAGUGACAGAUUGUCCACUAUUAUCCACACAUUCUUCAGUCCUGGAACUGGGAGGCUUGGUCUAGUUGGGACUGGAUAACGACCUAAUCUGGACAAAACACAUCACUGUGAGCAUCCUGUAGGGGGCGCUGAGCACCACUUCGGUCUUCGGGAUUUCCUGAGUAGCCUGCUUUUGGCCUGGAUAGGGAUAUGUUAGGUCUCUCACAUUUGACCCUGCCUUAACCUGUCUGCCUAAGAGUGGGCUGAGAUGAAUGACUUUGCGGUCUUUUCCUCAGCGUUGAACUUUGAUUAAGAAAAAAACCCGGUCUUCUUAUGAGAGUGGUCAGAUUGGGAAACUCUGACCCUGUCUGGAUACAAAGAAAUAGCUCAGAGAUUUACAACCUCCCCCCUCCCCAGCUGUUUCUGCCCUUAUAGGACAGGGAAGAGGAGGGGGAUUUGCUGAUUCCAGAAGAUUGCUGUGACUCUCACAGGAAAGUGGUGGAAAUUCAGCCAAGGGCCUGGAGUGCUUGCUGCCCCGUGGAUAGCAUUCUGGCUAAAUCUCCAUGUCCCUGCAGCCAGGGUGUUCAUGGGUUACUGUCACCAGGGUAUUUUGCCUCUAGGGGUUAAUAUAGUUACAGUGCACACUCCUUGUCUUUCCUACAUGCGUCACUAUAAUUUUCCCUCCUUCCUGCAAUUUUUUAUAUUUGGUCUUGUGUAAGUAGGUUUAUUCUGCACUUCAGGAAAGGGGGGUUCAGGCAUCUGGAAAGGGGGAACUCAGAAAAGUUGGGUUCAAACAGUAUCAGUUCCCCUAUUUUUUCCUUUCCCCAUCUUCUCUUGCUGGUUAUAGAGAUCUUUGGACCCCAAAGACUGGUGCUUUGCCACUGACUGGACUAAUGUAUAUCCUUCUCUUAUGUCAUCAUAGAGAUCUGCUUUGUGAGGGUUUGGGAUGCAGGAGACUUUGAUGAAAUGUUCUGAUUGGGAAGCUGGGUGACCUGCACUAUCUAUAAACAGCAGACUUAAUGAAACAUGCAAUGUGUCCAAGUGAUAAACUGUGGAAUCAUUAAAUCUGAACAACCUGA